UCCUCAGCCUGCUCAGGUUUGGUGCUUCUUCUUUCCCAUUUAUUCAUUGGCGUUUCGCGAGGAGGACUGAACCAAGGUGAAGAACUUCGCAACAAUGUUCGGUGUUCGCACCACUUGUGCUUUCGCGGGUGCUGCGGCUGCGGCUGUCGCUGCUCUCUCGCCCACGGACCGUGGCCGCUGGCUCCCCACACCGCGAAACUCUCAUGCAUUGGACGCCGCGAACCAGUCUAAUAAGGCUGCGCGUGAGGACCCGAAGACGUGGAAGACCAGACCUCGGCUGAAUGAAGUAGAGAAACUGAAGAGCGGCGAGCUGUGGGAUGUGCUGGUGAUCGGUGGCGGGGCCACGGGGUGUGGUGUGGCUCUGGACAGCGCGUCGCGAGGCCUGAAAACAGCGCUGGUUGAGCGAGAGGACUUCGCGUCUGGCACCUCGUCGCGCAGCACAAAGCUCAUACACGGCGGGGUGCGAUACCUGCAGAAAGCCAUCAUGAAACUGGACCGCGAGCAGUACGGACUGGUCAAGGAAGCGCUGCACGAACGAGCGAAUCUGCUACGCAUUGCUCCGCACCUGUCCGCGCCCCUGCCCAUCAUGCUGCCCGUGUAUAAAUGGUGGCUAGUCCCAUAUUACUACGCGGGCAUAAAAAUGUAUGACCUGGUAGCUGGCAGACAGUGUGUGAAGCGCAGCCACUACCUGAGCAAGAAGAAAGCACUGGAGAGAUUCAAGAUGCUGAAGAAAGACAAGCUGGUGGGUGCUAUUGUGUACUAUGACGGACUACACAAUGACUCGCGCAUGUGCUUAGCUAUUGCCCUGUCGGCAGCCUGCGAAGGAGCGACAGUGUCCAACUACAUGGAAGUGAAAUCAUUGAUCAAGGAACGCGAUGCAGAUGGCCAGGAGACCGUGUGUGGUGCAAACCUGGUGGACAAGAUGACGGGCGAGGAGUUUGCUGUCCGCGCAAAGUGUGUGGUAAACGCGACGGGCCCGUUUACGGAUGCCGUGAGGCGCAUGGACGACCAGGAGCGCGCUCCGAUCUGCCAGCCAUCCGCCGGCGUUCAUAUCAUCCUUCCGGCCUAUUACAGCCCUGUCUCCACCGGUCUGCUGGAUCCGUCGACGAGCGACGGACGUGUCAUCUUCUUCCUGCCCUGGCAGGGACGCACCAUCGCGGGCACUACCGACUCGCCAACGGCCAUAACAAACCGACCGCAGCCGUCGGAGCAGGACAUUCAGUUCAUCCUGGACGAGAUCAAGAACUACCUGAGUCCCGACGUCAGUGUGCGACGUGGCGAUGUGUUGGCGGCCUGGUCUGGUCUGCGGCCGCUCGUGUCCGACCCCUCGUCCAAGAACACGGCCUCUCUGUCACGCAAUCACGUCAUCGACGUUAGCGACUCCAAGCUGAUCACCAUCGCCGGCGGCAAGUGGACCACGUACCGCGCCAUGGCCAAGGAUGCGGUGGACCGUGCCCUGCUCGUCUGCAACGACCUGCGACCGGAGUGCGGCAGCCGGACGGACGGCAUGCCGCUGCACGGAGCACACGGCUACACACCGCUGCUCUCCAUCGAACUGGCUCAGGACUACGGUCUGGACGGCGAGGUGUCCGAGCACCUGUGCCAGUCCUACGGCUACCGCGCGCUGGAAGUCGCCAAGCUGGCCACUAUCACUGGACUGCGCUGGCCGGUGGUCGGCAAACGCCUGGUCGGCGAGUUUCCGUACAUUGAGGCGGAGGUGCGCUACGCCGUGCGCCAGGAGAUGGCGCUGACGGCGACGGACGUGAUCGCCAAUCGCCUGCGCAUCGCGUUCCUCAACGUCCAGGCGGCGCAGGAGGCCCUGCCGCGCAUCGUGGAGAUCAUGGGCGAGGAGCUGAAGUGGACGGCGGUGGAGAAACAGGCGCAGCGCGACGCCGCGCACACGUUCCUGGUCAGUGUCGGGUACGGGGCGCGCAGCGACAUCCGCCGCGAGUUCCAGCACCUGAGCACGGAGGAGACUAGCCGGUACAGACGUAUAUUUGACAGUGUGGACACCGAUGGAGACGGACACAUCAGCAUCAUUGACCUUCGUAAAGUCCUCGCCGAUAUCGGUACUCGUGUCAGUGAUACACAGUUGCGCGAGCUCAUUGCCGAAGUCGACACCAAUAGGAACAGCCAUAUCGAGUUUGACGAAUUCUUAGAGCUCAUGAGCGCCGUGAAAACGGGCCGAGUGGCAAACAGUCGACUGGGGUACAUUGUCGCCAAGUACCAGAACAUCGAGGUGGAUCGAAGCGGCGGGAGCUUCUAAUCCGUGGCCUGCCUUCCAUGAUGUGCCCAUCAGCAAGACGUAUGCGUAUUCAUACUGAAGAAUUCAAGGUUACGGGGCUGAGCGGAACACGACGCUCUUGUCAUAGACACCACCAAUAUCGUGAACUUCCUGCUUGGAGACAUGUACAGGACUGUAUUAGACUGGCAUCACAGGUGGUUUAUGCAAUAUCGAUGCACAGUGCUGUUAGAACAUAAGUUACAUUCACAGGUGCUCAAUCACUGCACGUAAAUGUACAUAAUAGCUGAAGAGAUACACUAUUCUGCAGUUCAGCUGCACUCUUAGCCGCAAAUUUACCAGCAUACAGACGGUAUCAUGAGUCUCGUUUCAGCGCACAUUACAUAUAGUCCUAAUCAUUCGCAUGUUAUAAUAGAGCUCAUCAAUUAUUUGUCAGACCAUUGAAGGCCUCACGCCGCACUCUCCGUUUCACAAUGCCCAAGGUGUGGUGCCACAAGACUGGUCGUCACUGAUACAAUAAUUGGUGAUUUGUGGCUUCCAACUAGAGUAAAACCUGUAACUAAAGACCGCCGUGACUAGCGACCAGCCUGGUACUACAGUAAAACCUGUAACUAAAGACCACCAUGACUAGCGACCAGCCUGGUACUACAGACCACUUUGCCAGGCGCGGACGGCCUCACAUUCAUAAUUAUAUGGUUAUGCGGUGCAAACCUCUAACUAAAGACCACCUGCCACUAAAGACCGCUUUUGCUGGCCCCAAGGGGUGGUCGCUAGUUACAGGUUUUACUGUACAGUCAUGUACACUGGUAAUCAGGUAUGGUAGGUGAUUACCUUUUUUCUUUCACAACUUUGCUAACCUGGAGCAUUUCUACUGCAUGGUUUAUUACACUUGAGUGCACUGUA